ACUGGGGCUCUGCAGCAUGUCUCCCAUAGAUCGUCAGGCGGAGCUGAAACAAAGACGGGGGAAGAUGGAAACACAAGUUUAAUUAAAGCCACCUGGCUGGUUAAAUACGUGCCGAGACGCAGACACCGCGUUAUUCACCUCACCUGCGCCCGGCAGGGCUGCGGCUGCUUUGUUCUCCCGACAUGUCCCGAGAGCAGGAGCGGUGCUCGGGCUGAGCGGGGCUGCGGGGAAGGUUUGUCACGUACAAAGCCCAGGACCGCCGACGGGCCGGUUCCGUGCUCUGGGAGCUGCCGACACCUACUGUCCGCGGCGGGACCGAGGGCGCGGGAGUUGGCGAGCAACACCCGCGGUCCUGGGGCGUGAGCCCGGCCUCCUGCAACUCAGGCGCUGAGAGCAGAGCCCGGGCGCGGGGUCCCGGGGCCGCCGCGGGGCUGGAAUGCGGUAGGGCCGUGCCAUGUAUUGGAAGAGCGACCCGAUGUUCGUCUGCAGGCUGGAGGACAAGGACCUGCCCGCGCUCGGCGGCCCCGCGGAGAAGGCGAGCCCCGCAGUGGCCGACGAGGACUCCUGCUCUUCCUCCACCGCCCUCUCGCCCUCCUCCUCGCCGCAGUCUAUGGCCUCGGGCUCCGGCUGUGUCCCCAGCAAGUGCGUGUGCAGCAGCUGUGGUCUGGAGAUCGUGGACAAGUACCUGCUCAAGGUGAAUGACCUUUGCUGGCAUGUGCGCUGCCUCUCCUGCAGCGUCUGCAGGACGUCCCUAGGAAGGCACACGAGCUGCUACAUCAAAGAUAAAGAUAUCUUCUGCAAACUCGACUAUUUCAGGCGGUACGGGACCCGCUGCUCCCGCUGCGGGAGGCACAUCCAUGCUACUGACUGGGUCCGCAGGGCUAAAGGGAAUGUCUACCACUUGGCGUGCUUCGCCUGCUUCUCCUGCAAGAGGCAGCUUUCUACAGGAGAGGAGUUUGCUUUGGUCGAGGAGAAAGUCCUGUGCAGAGUACAUUACGACUGCAUGUUGGACAACCUGAAAAGAGAAGUCGAAAAUGGUAAUGGGAUUAGUGUGGAAGGAGCACUACUAACAGAACAAGAUGUGAAUCAUCCAAAACCAGCAAAAAGAGCUCGGACCAGCUUCACAGCAGAUCAGCUCCAGGUUAUGCAAGCACAGUUUGCUCAGGACAACAAUCCAGAUGCACAAACACUCCAGAAACUGGCCGAAAGAACAGGCUUGAGCAGGCGUGUUAUACAGGUGUGGUUUCAAAAUUGCAGAGCACGGCAUAAGAAACACGUUAGUCCUAAUCAUUCAUCUACUGCUCCUGUCACAGCAGUUCAGCCCUCCAGGCUGUCUCCACCCAUGUUAGAGGAAAUGGCGUAUUCCGCAUACGUACCCCAGGAUGGAACGAUGUUAACUGCUCUACACAGCUAUAUGGAUGCUCACUCUCCGACAGCUCUUGGACUCCAGCCUCUACUACCCCACUCAAUGACACAACUGCCACUAAGUCACACCUAACUCCUUUCUGUCAGGGAUAUAAACUAUUAAGGGUGUAACCUUAAGUCAUUUAUCGAGUAUUAAAAGUACCAUUGGAAAGAUAUUAAUGUUCACUUUUUAUUUAACAUCUAAAGCAUUUUCAAGAUCAGUUUUGCUGCCCAGGUAUGUAAGUAUAUUUAGCCUGCAAGACACUUUUAUGGAUUCUGCAUAAAUAACUAUUACAUUGUUUACAAGCCUUAUUCAACACCUUUUUGUAUUGUCUGGAAGUAGUCCACUCUAGUUAUGUGUGUGUUAAUUUAUUUGCCAUCAAAAGAGCACCUUGCCUAAAAGAAAGGACUGACAAUUGUGCAAAAUGUUUACAAUUCUCUGUGAAAUUGUAGUUUAUCAUUAGUUUGUAUCUGUAAGUUAUUGCUGAAAGUAUUACCUGUAUUUGAGUUGUAACAGCCUCUAUGUUAAAGCUUAUUUCUGUGAGUUUACAAAAAUAAAUUUUGGUUGCAAAUAUUUUCCAAAUGAACUGAAUAAAGUUUCUGCUGUAGCAUGCCAA